CUCCCCCGUACACAUUCGCGUUUACCAAUAUAGAUUCGUUAGCAUAUUCCCGUCGUAGCCUAUCGCCUGUCAUGAGGUAACUAUUAUAACCUUGGAGGUGCACAGCCAAUCUUUCUCCCACAAACAUGACCGCUGCAUCUCGAAACCACUAUUCCCCUCCCUGGGGGGAUGCAAGCAUUAUAGGUGUAGCGGGGAGCUCAGGCUCUGGAAAGACAACGCUGGCGCUGGCCAUAGUAGCUUCCCUGAAUUUACCGUGGGUAGUAAUCAUGUCUAUGGAUUCUUUCUACAAGCCUCUAACUCUUAUGGAAUCAAGAGCUGCCUUCCGAAACGAAUUUGAUUUUGAUUCGCCCGAUGCUAUUGAUUUUGACUUAUUGGUAGACAAGUUGAGUGAUAUUAAACAAGGGAGAGUGGCCGAAGUUCCUGUUUACUCGUUUGAGAAACAUAACAGACUUGAGCAAACGACAACUAUAUACUCUCCCCACGUGCUAAUCUUGGAGGGUAUCUUUGCACUCCACGACCAGAGGGUCUUGGAUAUGCUGGACUUGAAGAUAUUUGCAGAGGCAGACGCAGACCUCUGUCUCUCUAGAAGAUUGGUCCGAGAUGUCAAGGAACGUGGCCGUGACAUCGAAGGUUGCAUCAAGCAAUGGUUCGGCUUUGUCAAACCAAACUUCUACAAAUACGUUGCGCCCCAGCGAGAAAUAGCUGACAUCAUUAUACCCCGUGGUAUUGAGAACAAAGUUGCCAUCUCCAUGAUCUCAGGCCAAAUAGGGAAAACCCUCUCCCACAAGUCUGUGAAACACAGACUGGAGCUUAGCCGGCUAGGUAAAAUUGCAGAGGACUCCCCUCUAUCGCCAAACGCUCUCAUAUUAGAGCAAACAAACCAAGUAAAAGGCAUUCAUACAUUAUUGAUGGACCCGAACACUUCGAGAGAAGAUUACUUAUUCUACUUUGAUAGAAUGGCCGGAAUGCUUAUCGAGAAGGCGGUUGAUUUCCUCCCACUCGAACCCGCUCAAGUCAUUACUCCGCAAGGAAAUGUAUACAUGGGGUUGAGGAAGACCGCUGAGGUCAGCGCUGUUGUAAUCUUGAGAGGAGGAAGUGCUUUUGAGACAGGACUUCGGCGGAGUAUACCAGAUUGCCGGACCGGAAGGAUCCUGAUCCAGACGAAUUAUAGAACAGGCGAACCGGAGCUGCAUUACCGGGCCCUUCCCAACAAUAUCGCGGAACACGGCCUGGUACUACUUCUCGACCCGCAGAUGUCGAGUGGAGGAGCGGCAUUGAUGGCAGCCCGUGUCUUGACUGACCAUGGUGUUCCGGAGGACAGGAUAAUAUUUGUGACUUAUCUAGCCGGGCGAGUAGGCGUGAACCGAGUGCUGAGCGUUUUCCCUGAUGUGAGAGUAGUGGUGGCAAGAAUGGGCGAUGAUAUGGAGGACCGGUGGGUGGAGACUAAAUAUCUAGGAUGCUGAUGUUAACUGUAUUUUUUGAGUAGCUUACCCUUAGGUCAGAUAUAUAGGCACUUGGAC